AUGAGUCUCCGUGACUUGGUUGAAGGCGAGGCCUCAUUGGAUGAAGAUGAAAAUGAUGUUGAGAUGACCGGUGAUGCUGGCGAAGGCUCCAGGUCCCGUAACCAUUACAGCGACUCGAGCGAAGAAGAGGAAGAUGAUGAUGAUCCGGAGGCCAAUGCCAGAGUUCGAGAAGGGUUCAUCAUUGACGACGAUGAAGACGAAAUCGAACAUGAGCGCGCCCGGCGCCGACGCGAGAAUAAAAAGCGAUCACGUCCACGUGAAGAAGAACAUCUGGAUGAUGAGGAUCUGGAGCUCAUCGGUGAAGUUCCCAAUCGCACCCAACCGGCAGAGCCCAAGCUCAAGCGCUUAAGGCGACACAAAGACCGUGAUUCGCGAGGCAAAACCCACGAUAUUGGUGAUAUCUUCAAUUCGGAUGAAGAUGAAGAGCCGCAAUAUGGACGACACACCCAGGGCGGGAUGGACGAUAUGGGCGACUUCAUCGAGGAGGACACUUUUUCGGACGAAGAGGGCCAACGUGAAGAAGAUGACCCCGGUGUUGCAGCUCCUUUUCGGGCAACCAUGCCCGGUGGUGUCGGAGCAUUUGAUGUGGCAGGAUUGGAUGAAAACGCCAUUGACGAUUUGCGCCUUGCAUUCGGUGACGGUACAGACUACAUGUUCGCCCUGGAGAUUGAAGACCAAGAAGAUGAAGAGAAGGAGACGAACGAGCGCCAUCUAGACCUCAAGGAUGUCUUCGAGCCGUCCGAGCUCAAGCAGCGAAUGUUAACGGAAGAUGAUAAUGAGAUUCGCCAGACCGAUGAACCCGAACGCCAUCAAAUCGCACGAAAGCCCUACAAGCAUGUUGUGUUGACAGAGGAUCAGUUCCGGGAGGAAGCUAUUUGGAUCUCGAACUUGAUGCUGCUCAAGAAACGCCUGGACCCAGAUUUGCGCGAGCCCUUCCAACGGGCUGUGGCAAAGAUGCUGGAGUUCUUGAUCACGGACGAUUGGGAAGUUCCCUUCAUCUUCCAACAUCGCAAGGAUUAUAUGAUCCAUGCUAUGAAGGAAAAGGAGCCCAGCAAUGAUACUGACCCCACGCAAGACUCAGGACAGUACGAUCGGGCUGUGAAGCUUAUGGUUAUGACCGACUUGUGGGACAUUUUCGACAAUGAUCUCAAGUUUCGCGCAUUGAUCGAUAAACGAAAUAGCAUCCAAAACAUCUACGAUAAUCUGCAGAGCCUUUCCAAAAUCAACGAUCCGAUUAUUGAAGACCUCUUGACUGCCACCACCAUGGAAGAACUCCAAGAUUUACAGGACUACAUCCACUUCCAAUACCCCACUCAGCUCCGUGACUUGACAUGGGUCAAUAAUGGGGAUACCAGGCGCAAGGCUUCCACCAAAAACAUUUACGAACGGGUGCGAAAUGGCAAGGCCUACGGUCUUGUUCGUGCCUUUGGUAUCACUGCCGAAGCCUUUGCGCAGAACGCUUCCAAGGAGGGUCGCCGGCAAUAUACCGAGGAUCCUAGUGAACGCCCAGAGGAGUUGGCGGACCAGUUCGUUGACUCUGACUUCCCGAACUCCGCGCAUGUUCUAAAGGCUGCCAAGUCAAUGUUUGCAGAAGAAAUUGUUCAGAGCCCAAAGAUGCGCAAAACCAUUCGGCAAGCGUACUACAUGAACGGUGUUGUGGAUUGCUUCCGAACAGAGAAGGGUUUACGCCGCAUCGAUGAACAGCAUCCGUACUAUGAGUUUAAGUACCUGCGCAAUCAGCAGCUCAGUGACAUUGCCCGUCGCCCGGAGAUGUUCUUGCGAAUGCUCAAGGCCGAGGAGGAAGGUUUAGUUGAUGUGAAGGUACACUUUGAAAACUUUGAUCAGUUCCGCAAGCGUCUGUAUGCCGAUAUUGAAUCCGACAACUACUCUGAAGUUGCCGACGCGUGGAAUCGUAUUCGUCGAGAAGCACUGGACCUGGCCCUCGCUAAAAUCGAGCGGAUCAUUAACCGCAGCGUGAAAGAAAAUGUCAGACAAGAGUGUGAGAAUCACGUCGGCAGGGAAUGUCGCGAUGCGUUUGCGCAACGUUUGGACCAGGCUCCUUACAAACCGAAGGGAAUGGUUCUGGGAACAGUUCCACGCGUUGUCACUUUCACCGUUGGACCAGGUACCGUAGGCCGUGAUCCCAUUCACUGGGCUUAUAUCGAAGAGGAUGGCCGUGUCUUAGAAAACGGAAAGAUCUACGACAUCUUGCCUCGAGACGAGAUGCGCGGUACGCCAGAUGGUAAAGAUGUUGCCUUUUUGGUGAAGAUGAUUGAACGGCGCAAACCAGACGUCAUUGGAGUUUCUGGAGUCUCACCCGAGGCGCGUCGCCUUUUCAAGCUCUUGUAUGAGCUGGUCAAGGUGAAAGACAUUCGCGGAGCACCUUACACAAAUGACGAGGAUAAAGAAGUCAGUGAUCCUCUCGAGGUUAUCAUCAUCAAUGACGAGGUUGCUCGACUUUAUUAUACCAGCCCCCAGGCACGCCAGGACAACCCAGGCUUUACCCCCUUGACUCAUUACUGUGUCGGCUUGGGUCGAUACAUGCAAAGUCCUCUUAAGGAGUACGCAUCGUUGGGACGUGACAUUGUCUCUAUUCAAUUCAAGCCUGGACAGCAACUGAUACCCCAAGAGCUUCUACUAAAACAGCUAGAAACAGCUCUGGUGGAUAUGGUCAAUCUGGUCGGUGUUGACCUCAACGAAGCUAUUCACGAUCGUCACACAGCCAAUCUACUCCCUUACGUUUGCGGUCUUGGUCCCCGUAAGGCGGCACAUCUGUUGAAGGUCAUCAACCUGAAUGGUGGAGUUGUGAACAACCGCGUGGAGUUGCUCGGUGUCAACACCCAAUACCCGCCUUUGACAGUCAAAGUAUGGAACAACUGUGCCAGCUUCGUUUACCUUGAUUACGAGAACGCUGACAUGGACGCUGAUCCGCUGGACAACACUCGUGUGCACCCUGAAGACUAUGACAUCGCACGUAAGAUGGCUGCCGAUGCUCUGGAGCUUGACGAGGAAGACAUCAAGGCCGAGACCGAUGAAAAUGGCUCGGGUGCAAUUGUGCGCAAACUCUUCCGUGACGAACAACAAGAUCGUGUCAAUGAUCUGAUCUUGGAGGAAUACGCAGAGCAGCUGGAGAAGAACCUCAAUCAGCGCAAGCGUGCCACUCUUGAAACUAUUCGUGCGGAAUUGCAACAACCAUACGAGGAACUGCGCAAGCAGUUUGUCAUGCUCGGCGUUGAUGACAUUUUCACCAUGCUCACGGGCGAGACAGACGAAACUCUGGCUAUUGAUAUGGUGGUGCCUAUCAGCAUCAAGCGAGUAUUCGAGGACCACAUUGAUGCCAAACUGGAUUGUGGGGUCGAUGCGCUGGUCGCAGAGACCGAACUUGGACUGCCCUACGAUGUCUCCGUGCGCAGCGUCUACCAAACACACCAGACGGUGUCUGCUAAGGUCAUCAUGCUAAACAAGAAAAGUUUCACUUGCAAUGUGACCUUGCGUUCAGAAGAGGUCACCUCCUCUAGAGGCCGUAGAAGCAACCAUGGUGUCGGUGACUGGGAUGAUGCGCAGGAGCGCAAAGACCGGGAAAGUCAGGUGGACAAAACUCAGCAGGGUGGCCAGGCCAUGCGUGUUAUCAAGCACCCUCUCUUCCAUCCCUUCAAUGCCACUCAAGCCGAAGAGUACUUGGGUUCUCACAGCCGUGGCGACAUGGUCAUUCGGCCAUCAUCACGAGGCCGCGAUCAUCUGGCAGUGACAUGGAAGGUUGCACAGGGUGUCUACCAGCACAUUGAUGUUCUCGAACUAGACAAGGAAAACGAGUUCUCGGUCGGCCGCGUCCUGAAAGUUGGCGGCAAGUACACCUACAGUGACCUGGAUGACCUCAUUGUCAAUCACGUCAAGGCCAUGGCGAAGAAGGUAGAUGAGAUGAUUCUCCACGAAAAGUAUCAGGAGGGCAGUAAAGCGGACACAGAUCAAUGGCUCGAGACCUAUACCCGGGCCAACCCCCGUCGUUCGACCUACGUUUUCUGCAUUAACCCGAAGUACCCAGGCUACUUCUACCUCUGCUUCAAGGCUGGUGAACAUGCACGCCUACAGCACUGGCCCGUCAAGGUGAUUCCCCAGGGUUAUGAGCUGCAGAAAAAUCCCUAUCCCGACAUGCAAGCACUGUGCAAUGGCUUCAAGCUCAUGUUUCAAAACAUGCAAGCAAGACGCCGUUAA